UACACGGGGCACACUGAUUGCAAACACGGAAACAGCGAGUGCCUCUGCGUAGCGACAGUCCGUCUUUAUUUUCAUGUAUUUUAACCAAACCGUGGUUAAAAAGAAAAACGCACAUUGAAAGUAAACUAUCGAAGGUGUUUUUAGGUUUGUCUUCUUUCGCUCUAUGGAUGUUCUGCAGCUUCUGUCAUGGGCCUGCAUCGUGUUCACAGUCGGGAUGUUCUCGACUGGUCUGACCGACCUGAAGACGAUGCGAGAACACAAAAGCACUGACAACAUCCAGUUUCUCCCUUUUCUCACCACAUGUCUAAAUAACCUAGGAUGGUUGUUUUACGGCAUGCUGAAGAGAGAUCAGACCAUCAUCCUGGUCAACGUCAUCGGAGCUCUUCUGCAGAUCCUCUACAUCAUCAUGUACUUCCACUACACCAAACACAAGAGGCUGGUGAUGUCCCAGACGGUGGCAGCGGGGACGGUUCUGACCUGCGGUUGGCUCUACUUCGGCAUGUUUCUCCCCGAAGGAGAGUCUCGGCUCAGCCAGCUGGGACUCACCUGCAGCGUCGUCACCGUCAGCAUGUACAUGUCGCCGCUGACCGACCUGGUACAAAUCGUGCGCAGCGGCAACGUGCAGUGCUUGUCCUUCCCUUUGACGGUAGCGACCUUCUUCACUUCAACCUCCUGGGUCCUCUACGGCCUCCAGCUCAACGAUUACUACAUUGUGGUUCCAAACACGCCUGGAAUCUUCACCAGCCUCAUCCGAUUUUGUCUCUUUUGGAAAUUUUCGUCUGCCAAUCAGAGCUCGCCGUCCUAUAGGCCUCUGCAUAUAUGAUGACGCGAGGUGGGACAGUCGUGAACACGGAGAGAGACGACGAGUCUGUCGAGUGUCCCGUCACUCGUCUCACCUUUUUAAAAGAGGAACAACUCGCUGAGUGACUUGUAAAGUGGCGAUGAUGGCUAUUGUGUUUUGUUUACUUUUCGGGAAGCAAAGAAGUGCAGUCAAUCCCCUUUCAGACAUGAAGAAGCUGCGUGGUCCGUGUGUUAACGUGACGAUUUUGUCAGUCAGACAAAGGUCACGUCUUUAGGCUUCGAUCAGACAUCACAGUGACAGAGACAUGGUACUGUAUCUGACAGUAAAACAUAACAAUGCACACAAAAAAGACUCAAUCUAAACUAGCAGCAGCUUAUCAAACUGUUUAAACAACUAAUUUCAUUUAUGAUUUCCUAAAAAGUGAAAAUUUCCGUCCACGUGUGAUGAUAAUCAAACUAAACAGGUGAAUAAGAAUAUCCUGUGAAGGAGCUCAGGAUUCCACCUGAGUGACAAGUCCACAUUGUGAUCUGCUGUGAGAUCCUGAACCAUCCUGUCUCCAUUUGGGGAUAAUUCAGAAUAACAAGUAAUUAAGUUUUAUACACCCACAGGAAAUACUUCUAAACAAACUGAACUUAAACUCCAGUUAGUCAAAACCUGGAUUACAUUCAUUAUUGGUGAAUCUCAUCAAUCUGACCUGUUACAGAUGCUGUCCUAAUUGCAGUUACAUUUUAUUUGUAUGUACAUUUUUUUAGUUUAAAUUGGAUGCGAAACUGUAGAAUUAGAAAGGUGCUCAGUCUGUGACUCUUGCUCCGAUGUUUUUGGACCAGCGUAGGUGCUGAAAUGUGAAAAAAAAAUCUUCUUCUAUUUGCUUUGAAACACUUCCACGUACAUCUAUCCGCUAACACGCUGUGUUAAAAAUGAAAAUGUCACUCGGUACGACCUCGUAGGAACUGAGACUUUUACAGAAAAGCUGAGCCCGGUGCUCAUUUGUCCAGAUGCCGUCACGUUAACAGGAAGUCUCUCAUGUCUGAAAGGGGCUUUAUAGUCGAGAGUAAAAAAAAUCCUGAUGUCUUUAAAUCCAGUCAAACUGUUACUUUCCUGCAGCUGUGUGUCGAACUGUGACCUGCUCUCCGUGUCUUUAAGUGCCUUCUGUUAGGUCAUGCUUGCCAUUAAAGCUCAAUGGCAUUUACUGAUCUGCCCACACGUCAGGAAACUUGUUAUCUCUUCGCAAUCCGGUGAACUGGAUUGAACCUCAUGUCAUACUAGCCAAAGAUUUUUGCGGAGUCGUUGCUUGUUGGCUGCUAUUGUAAUUACAUAUAUUUUAUUUUUUGUCCCCCUGUUCCCUGGUACUCACAAUAUGUACAGACACAGUUUGUUAUUUUCCCGCACACAUGCCUCUGUGUAAACCGCGUGGACAGAAUGUUGAAUCAUAUCAGUGGCAGUAAGAAUUUGUGGAGAAACGUUUUCUAAACCUGUUUUUGAUAUAUGAUGUGAACCAAAUGGUGUUUACUAUUUUUAUAAGGUUGAAUAAAAUACUAAUUAACACCACAGGAUUUUGUUUACAAGCCUGAAUGUUUCCUGAUUCUGCGGCGGCUGGUUGAAUCCUCAUUAUUAUUAAAUGUAAUAAGAGU